AUGAUCGUUCGCGUGCGAUCCAAAGAUGGCAACUUCCGCUUCGAGCUUCAACCCACCGAGGAUGCGUCUCAACUCAUCUUCAAGGUCCUGGAGACCAUGCCAGGCGCUGAUCCGGACUCGCUGACCUUCUCAAAUCAGCCACGAGGCGGAGAAUUUGCUGCCAGCACGCUCAAAGGUAGCACGCUCGCCGAGCUCGGCAUCGGUCACGGUCACCUCCUCUUCGCUGCCUACAAAGAAAGUAAUGAAGCAGAUGCGGAACAGUCUCACUCCAAUGCAACUACCGGCGCGCCUACCGCGACAACAGAACCCUCUUCUUCUUCUUCUUCCUCCUCCACAGCCGCCUCGUCAUCACAGCCCCAAUCAUCCUCGGCUUCAACUCGUCCUAAGAAACCCUGGGAGCUCGUCAAGGAGCACAGCGUCGACACAUACUGGGAAGCACAGGAGGGAAAGAUCACCCGCAAGAAGGAUUCGCAAUUCUGUCGUCACGGCCCCAAGGGUAUGUGCGACUACUGCAUGCCCCUCGAACCGUACGACUCCAAGUAUCAAUCCGAGAACAGCAUCAAGCAUCUCUCCUUCCACGCCUACCUGCGUAAGCAAGACAUCGCCACCAACAAACCCAGCCAAUCUUUCAUUCCACCUUUGGAAGAGGCCGACUACAGCGUCAAAAAGCCGUGUCCUUCUGCGAGUCAUCCCAGCUGGCCCGCAGGCAUCUGCACCAAGUGUCAGCCUUCCGCCAUCACGCUCCAACGACAACCCUACCGAAUGGUAGAUCACGUCGAAUUCGCCCACCCCGAUCUCAUCGAAAACAUUUUGACCUUUUGGAGGAGCACCGCUACUCAGCGCUUCGGAUUCCUCCUGGGACGCUACGAAGCCUACCCUGACGUGCCCAUGGGUAUCAAAGCUGUCGUGGAAGCCAUCCACGAGCCGCCGCAAGAAGGUGAACUUGAUGGCUUGACGCUCGGCGUACCGUGGGAAGAGCAGCCUCGUGUCGAGAAGCUCGCCAAGCUAUGCGGUCUCGAAUUUGUCGGAAUGAUCUACUCGGACCUGAGUCCCGCCGACCCCACCCACCAGGAUCCUUCCCUUGCUGGCAAGGUCGUCUGCAAACGACACAAGGACAGCUUCUUCCUCUCCGGAAUCGAGACCGUCUUUGCUGCUCAGCUCCAACUCGGCAACCCCAACCCAUCGCGCUUCAGCUCUACCGGUCGCUUCAACUCCAAGUUUGUCACCUGCAUCCUCAGCGGCACUGAGGAAGGCGCCAUCGACGUGUCGGCCUACCAGAUCAGCGAGCAGGGCAUGGGCAUGGUCCAGGCCGACAUGAUCGAGGCCAGCGUCAAUCCCAACAUCAUUCGAGUCAAGCCGAGCGAGGGUGAACGUUAUGUCCCCGAAGUGUUCUACCGCUAUACGAACGAGUACAAGAUCGACGUCAAGGAGAGCGCAAAACCCACCUUCCCCGUCGAGUACCUCAUCGUCAACGCUACGCACGGCUUCCCCAACGCGCCUAACCCCACAUUCCUCAGCUCAAAGUUUCCCAUCGAGAACCGGCCCGGUCUACAUGAUCAGGAUCUCACCGUUGCUUUGACCAGCAUCGGAAAGAUCGUUGGUCACAAAGAGCUGUUCCCCAUCGGCGAUGGUACGGAGAGCACCAAGGGCAAGUCACGAGCUGACGACGACCAGGUGCGCGAGAAGCUCGUGGGCGCCCUCAGCGACUGGCAUCUGCUCGCCUUUCUCGACACGAGCGGUUUCCUUGAUCAGGAUGACAUGGCUGCGCUCUGCCGUCUCGCCACGACGCACGACUCGGGUGCUGCGCUUGAUGCGCUUCUCCUUCGUCCUGGCUGGCAGACCUUGAUGGCCCUCGCGCGCGAGCAUGUGCCGCAGUCAGCCAGCGAGACAAAAACGGUUGAACCGACGAAGGAUCCAUUCACGUACGACGGCGGUGUGGAGUCGGAUGACGAUGUAGGAUUCGACGACGCUAACGAGGACUUUUACGAUGACGGUCAAGAUGACGACGACGAUGAUGUGCAGGUUUCGCACGUGCGUCGAGCAUCUGCGUCAGCUAGGAAUGAUACCAGCGAAACAGAUGCCGCUACGGCUGCGGCGAUCGCUGCAGCAUCAGCCGACGACGGUCCCGCCGGCGUCAAGGUUUGUUCCCACUGCACGUAUCAUAACGAGGCAUCUGCUUCCGACUGCGAGAUUUGCGGUCUACCCCUCUAA